AUGGUAUUAACAUAUAAAUUAUAUAUAAUUGUGAAUGAAAUAAAGAAUUGCGUAUAGAUAAAUAAAAUAUAGUAUAUAAUUAGAAAUAGCAAAAUUUCUUUUUUAAAUCUAAGUUUCUCUUUGAAAGAAUUUGAAAAAAUAGAAGAAGGAAAGCAACAAUAAUCAUAUAUUAAUAAGAUUUAAUUAGAUUGUAAGCAAAAUCUUUUAUUUUAGGAAAAUUAUAGAAGACUGUCUCAUGAAGGCUAAAAAAAAUUAAUUUAAGUAAUGAAAUGAAAGAUUUAUAUUCUUUAGAGGAAUUUCAAAUAUAACCAAUUUAAAAGAGGGUAAUCUAUGAAGUUUCAAUAAGAAUAAACAAAAAAUAAAUCUUUAGAUAAGGAUUGGAAACACGAAAUAUGAAUAUUUAUCAAUAUGUUUUCUUAUCCGCUUUUGUACCAAUCAAAUGAUAAAGGAUUAUCAUCACAACAAUUCCAAUUCCUAAUGUAUUGCACAACAGCAUAAUCUCAUAUUCCAUG